GUUCCUUGGACUUGGACGAGGAAGCACCAUACAUAUCCCCCAACGAGACAUUGUCUUUGAAUCAGUCGGUCAUGGAAGACGGGAGAGAUUCUCACUUUCCUGGCAAUGUGCCUGAGGGCCACAUUACAUUGAACCUAGAAAGAUCCGAGCAGGAGAUUGACAUCAUCAACGACGUGGUACAUUACAAGAGUGCGUACUAUGGCACCAUCAUGGUCGGCAAUCCGCCGAAGCCCUUCACCGUCGUCUUCGACACAGGAAGCGGGCACUUGAUACUACCAAGUUCGUAUUGCCACACUGCCACCUGCAAAGUACAUCGGAGGUACAGGCGCAGCUCCUCGAGUACCGCACGAGACAUCGACUGGGAUGGCCGCGUGGUCAAAUCCGGCGAAGCUCGUGACCAGAUCACCGUGUCCUUCGGCACCGGUGAGGUGACUGGUGUGUUCAUGGAGGAUGAUCUAUGCUUCGGACAGCGCGGUCCGGGCAUCGAUAAGAGCAGCGCAGACGUGCCUGUUUCAGGACAAGGCGGCGAAAGCUGUGUCAGCAUGCGUUUCAUUGCAGCAACUGACAUGUCCGCAGAUCCUUUCAAGGAUUUUGUCUUCGACGGUGUCCUCGGCCUCGGGUUGGAAAGCCUGUCGCAGACAUCAGCUUUCAAUUUCCUGCAGGUUGCCUCUGGCCUGACAAGUGCUCGCGGGAGCGACUUCAGCAAAACCUUUGGCAUCUUCUUGGCGACUCACAACGAGGAGACGAGCCAAAUUACGAUGGGCGGCUGGGCUGAAGAGCACUUGCAAGAAGAGGUGAGCUGGAGUCCUGUGCUGGACCCGGAAUUGGGCCACUGGCUCCUGAAGAUCCAGGCGAUCUGGAUCGAUGGUGAGAAGCUGCCUUUCUGCGACGAGGGCUGCAAGGCCGUGGUCGACUCUGGCACGUCACUCCUUGCAGUUCCGACUCCAAUCUUUCCGGAGCUGUAUGAACGACUGAGGGCGCCGGCAUCUUUGUCGGGUGACUGCUCGUCGCAGAGCCCCAGUCUCAAGAUAGAGCUGAAUGGCUUCACGCUCACCUUGGACGGGGAGGAUUUCAGCCGGCUGGACCAAAAGGGAAGCGUGCGUGCACCGGCAUGGGGCCAGUCGCAGACACCCGCAGAGGGCGCGACCCGACGGGACAUGAUGUGCAAGCCGAUGCUGAUGGUGAUGGAUCUGCCAGAGCCCAUAGGGCCGAAGCUCUUCAUCCUCGGCGAGCCGGUGCUGAAGAAGUUCUACACGGUCUACGACGCGGAGAAGAAGCGCAUUGGCUUUGGCCGAGCAAGACAUGCUGUACCGUCUUCUGAGAUUGAAAGCGAUACCUGGUGGAACGCCGCGGAAGAGGAGCUAGCCAAGGAGGUGGGUUCUUCUGGUGCAUGA